CUGCUUUUCUCUACAGCGGAAGUAGUAUUUAGAGGGCAUAGUAAAUUCUCUCUGCUGACCGCUUAUCAGUGUUUACAACAUAGGUUUAUAUAGCUUUUCAAUGCUAAAUUCCAAGGUUGAUUUGUGUAUUUGGUUAAUGAAUGUGCUUUGUUGAUAUUAUUCUAGAGGUGAAUGUUUUAUAACAUACAAUCUGAAAAUGGUGCAGUAUUGCUGUGUACCUUUAUGUAAGAGCUUUGGUGGAUUGCAUUUUCCAAAAGACAAAGUUUUUAAGAGACAAGUGGAGAGUUGCAGUAAAAAGGCUGUUUCAGGAAAUAAGACAAAGUUAUGGGAACCAUCAAAGCAUGAUGUUGUGUGUCAUAAACAUUUUCUACCAGAGGAUUAUACAACAACUGCAGAAGGGAAACGAAAAAGGCUGAUAAGAGGUGCAGUGCCAUCAGUGUUUCAUGAACGCAUGACAAAGACCCCUGUAGCCAAAUAUGAAGCUGAUUUGAACAGGAAGAAAAGAUAUGAAAAGCGUACUUCAACAUGUACACGCUCAAGCAUACCUGUGUCCACCUGUAGUGACCCAGAUAUAUCCAAUUUAUGCAAUGAGAUUGAAAUUAUAACAGAAAAUAAAAUAGCAACCAUUGCCAGUGAUAGUGAUCAAUUUGCAAGUACCCAAGUACAAUGUGAAAUAUUAACUGACAAAAGUGGACAAUAUUCAAUAGAAAAUUAUAAAGACAAACCUAAUGCAGUCAAAUAUUAUACUGGAUUUGAUGACUAUGGCCAUUUCAUGAUGUUUUUUCAUGUGUUAGGACCAGCUGUAAACCAUUUAAAUUAUAAGUGUCAAAAGAUAGAACCAAAAAACCAAUUGUUUUUAACAUUAAUGAAACUUCGUCUAAAUAAGGAAGACUAUGAACUUAGCCUAUUUUUCUGUGUGAGUCAACCGACUAUUUCGAAGGUGAUUGAAACAUGGAUAAACUUUAUGUAUUGUCAACUAAAGGAAAUAAAUACAUGGCCUACAAGAGAUAUUAUUACACAAUAUAUGCCCGAGGAUUUUAAGAGGAAACAUUCAACAACACGUGUCAUCCUUGAUGCAACAGAGGUCCCAAUACAGAAACCAUCAAAUGUUUCAGCUCAAAGCUCGACGUUUUCAUCAUAUAAACAUAAAAAUACCCUCAAAACUAUGAUUGGUGUUUCACCAAGAGGUUUAGUUACAUUUGUCAGUGAUUCUUAUGCCGGAACAGCUAGCGACAGACAAAUAAUAGAGCGUUCAGAUCUUUGUAAGAAAGACCUUUUUAAUAAAAAAGACAGCAUUAUGGCAGACCGGGGGAUAAUGGUGCAAGAUUUAUUUGCAAAUAAGGAUGUAAAGGUCAAUACACCUACUAUGCUGGCAGGAAAAUCACAGCUUGAACCAGAGACAGUCGUGAAGGACAGACGCAUUGCGUCCAAACGUAUACAUGUUGAAAGAGUCAUUGGUCUUGCGAAAAACUUUAAAAUACUAAGUUCUGAACUUCCAAUGUCAAAAGUUAAUCUGGGUUCAAGAAUAGCAUUUAUAUGCUUCAAAAUUACCAAUUUUCACCGCUGUAUUGUUGGAAGGUUAGCAUGA